CAUUCUCCCAUACAAGCAUACAUUUACACCAUUUACCAUGAUCUUUCUAAUGGAUUUGCAGAUGAUGAUGUUAGACAUUGUAUAUUUCAUCUUGCGUUCCUGUCUGCGGAUAGUGUUGAGACCACGUACCAAGCCCAUAGAUGGUGAGUUGGUACUAAUAACAGGCUCCGGAGGGGCACUGGGUCGUCUGUUUGCCCUGGAGUUCACUAAAUAUGGUGCGGAGGUUGUGCUGUGGGACAUCAAUGGAGAAACUAAUGAGGAGACAGCCAAGCUGGUGAAGGAACAAGGGGGCAAGGCACAUGCGUAUACGGUGGAUGUGACGAACCGAGAAAUGGUGUACAGCACAGCUGACCAGGUGCGGAAGGAUGUGGGAAGAGAUGUGACCUACCUAGUGAACAAUGCCGGGGUGGUGGCAGGCGAGAGGAUCCUGGACUGCCCCGAUACCAUGGUGGAGAGAACCCUAAAAGUCAACUGCCAUGCCCUAUUCUGGACUGUUAAGGCAUUCCUGCCCCAGAUGAAGGCCAAUAACCACGGUCAUAUCAUAACAAUAGCCAGUGUCCUUGGACUCUUCAGCACAGCCUGUGUAGAGGACUACUGUGCCAGCAAGUUUGCUGCAGUGGGCUUCCACGAGUCUCUGGCCCAUGAACUGCUGACAGAAGAGGAUGUUGAUGGAGUGAAGACCACUCUAGUUUGUCCUUAUGUCGUAGACACUGGCAUGUUUGAAGGCUGCAGGAUUAGGUAUUUUUUUCUGUUAUACAUAAACUACAUACAUUUAACCUUUACCUUACCUUUUCUCAAUGUGGAAAAAAAUGCAGAGCAAGUUAUAACAUUUUGUAUUAAGAUUAUUAAUUGUAAAGCAAAUCACUGCUGUAUUACUACUUCACUGUAUUGCCUUGUCUCCCCCUAUAGGGAGGAGGUUGAACUGGUACUGCCUCCACUAGAGCCCCUCUACUGUGUACAGCAGGCAAUGAAUGCCAUUCUCAUAGACCAGCCACUAGUAUGCAUCCCCAGACUUACCUAUCUGCCCUUCCUGGCCAGAGCACUGUUUCCAUGGGAAUCCAACGUGGUUACAUAUCGCUUCAUGGGUUCAGAUAAGUGCAUGUAUCCAUUCAUCGAGACCAUGAGUAAGAAAAGAGCAGCCAAUGGCGCCAUAAAAGCUGCUUAAACAUUACAAUUAAGGGGUAGUUCACAAACCAUCUACAUUAACACAACCCUGGACGGAGAGGCUGUACAGAUUUGGACUUAUCUGGACUGCCACAGCUCAAUUAAUAUGUGAACUACUCUGUUUAAUAUUAUGCAGUUUGUAUUAUGGACAUAUUGGGAAAUAACUGCUUGAGAUGAAAUGAGUAUAAAAAUAACUUUUACUCCUGUUCCAGUCCAACUGUGAUCUGUUUUUCAGGCAGCUUAAUUACCCAUGUGUGAGCCUUUCAUCAACCACUGAAAUGGUUCAUGGGCUGAAAUGCAGAUUUUAAGAGGUUGGAUUAGAACUGGAAAGAGCAAAUCAACAGGCAUAUUAUCUGUUUCAAUAAUCCAAACA